AUUUUCGUAAAUUAUAUGAACUUGUGGGGUGAAUAGGGCAAAACCAAUUUUCAAAAAAAAGGGAGGUUAGUUUUGUGUUUGACUUUAAGUUGUAGGUCAAUUUUGCAAAAAUCCCUUAAUACAUUCAGCAAGUCAUAAAUUUACGUCACAUAGACAUAUUAAUACUGUAAUUCACAUGCAUGUCACUAUAAGCUUCAAUCAAUAAUGCAACUUUUUGGCAGACAAAUAAUCUCCAAGCGAACCACAUAAAUUCAUUAAGAUAGUUUUAAGGAUAAAAAGAAACCCAUGAUUACAAAUUUUGAUGAUGAUGAACUGUCUUGAUGUUACAGUUUAAAAGAAGAUGAUGGAUCCCACCAGUAGAAUUUGUGUUCUUACCGAUUUCUCGAGGGACCCGCUUUUUCUCAAUUACCGGAUAUCAUUAUAAAUUGGACCUUGAUUACCAAAACCUAACACUUAGAUGAUCAAAAUAUCCCGUUACAGACAUCGUAAUCACAUUCUGUCACUAGGACCACAACAAGGCCCACAAGGCAUGGGCAACAAAACCAGAGAGAGGGUUUAUGUUCUUACUUUUCAGUAAUAGGGAUUAGCAAUUGAAAAUGACGAGAACGAGUCUGAGGUGAUGGCACAGUAACAUUUUAAAGAGUCUUGAGAGACACAAUCAUAGUUUUGAUAAUGGAGAAGGGUAGUCAGUGAAAACAGUCUUAUCUGCAUCAUUUUUAUCUUUUGCCAGUUACAACAUUUCACACUGGUCAACAUUCAGCGAUAAUUAGUUUGUGCAGUGAAAAAAAUUGUGAGUUUUGCGAUAAUGUCAACAUUUCAAAAGCAGAUUUUAAAGGCACUGGAGUCGAGAAGAGAAAUACAUUUCAUAUUAGGUGAACUUUGUUGUCUUCUUUAUGGACCCGGACCGAAAGAAUAAUUUUCUAUAUUCAACCCGUUUCCUUGCAUGCAGUAAUAAAUUAAUAAUAAGGAAAAAUUAGGACUUUUUUUAAAAGGAAAAAUUAGGACUAUAUAUUGUAAAUUAUCAUUCGAACGAUGAGAAUCGACAAGCACGUGUGAGGGGAAGAUCUAUUGUUUUUCCUGUGUGCUAAUUGGAAAGAUAUAUUUUUGGAUGGAUGCGUUGUGUUAAGAUUCGUUUGCUGAAGCUUCGAUUUGGUACCAAAUCAAAUACAUAUAAAUUAGAAGAACCUAAGUCUAAUGGUUAAUGUUUAAAGGUUUUAUAUUUUGAUGACAAAAAAAGGUUUUAUAUUUACGUCUCGAUCCAAUAAGACUUUCUUUCGUACUUUCAAGGUCCGACAUAUAUCAAAAGAACACAAUUCAGUGAUAGACAUACUUGCACUAGGUGAUAUAAGUUUUCAUUAUGCCAUGUUCUAUAUCGAUUUUAUAUUUUCCGGUUUGGCUAUCCAAACUAGUAGAACAUACAUCAUAGUUUAGUUAUUAUUGUAAAAAUAAAAAAUUAUUACAUCUAAUCAAUCUUCUUAUUAUUUUGACACACAUUUAUAAUUCCUAAGAAGUUAAUUAAAAGUGUUUGAAAUCAAAUUCUAGACUAAAUUUUAUGGGUCACAAUUACUAACUAAUAUAUUUUAAUUUAUAAUUUGUUGUUUUCAUUGGUAAAUAUGCAAUAUAAUAUUUUUCAAACACCAAACUAAUAACAACAUCUAAAACUGUUUUAAAUAUUUAAAAUUAUAACAUAGUUGUUAUUGAUUUCAACCCAUGGACUUUAUGUUUAAUACUUUUCUCACAUGCAAAAUAUGGUAUAGUUUUCAUUCCUAAAUAUAUGCAAUAUAAUAUUUUUAAAACACCAAUCCAAUAAAAACAUCUUAAAUUGAUUAAAAUAUUUAAAAUUCUAAUAUAGUUAUUAUGGAAUGAAAUAUUUAAAAUUCUAUUUAAUACUUUUCUCACAUGAAAAAUAUACUAUUUAUAACCAAAAAUAAAACCAAUAGCAGCAAAUUAUAAUCUACUCAGCGAGGGUUUAGGAAAAUAUAAAUUUUAGUAGUCAUAUAUAUUUAAGAAAUUUUCUAUUUUCUAUUUUAUAUACUAUACAAUAAAAUUGACAUACAUUUAUAAUAUAAGAUAAAUUUUUAUAUAAAUAUUCAAAUAAUUUAUUCUACUUUUACACUUGUUGUAUAGUUUAUAAUGCUUUUCUAUUUUCACUUUAACCAUAUAUAUACACAUAUAACAUAUUCUUAAGUAUUGUAAAUUAAAUUAAAAAUACAUAAUGAAUAUACACUAAAAUAAUGUAUAUUAUUUUUAUACUUUGUAGAUAAAUAUAUCAAUAAUUUAUAGAAUUAAUAUAUUAAUUAAUUCAUAAAUUAAAAGAUCAAAUAAUUAUAAUACAAAUAAAAAAAUUCAACAAUUUAUAAGAUAAACUAAAUUUAUUAAAAGUAUUGAAAAGGAUAUAUUUAUGUUAAUUAUACUUGAUUUUAAUUUAUAGAAUAUUUAAAAUAUAAGAUGAUAGAGUUGAUAUUUUGCAAGUGCAUUUUCGAAAUGUUUCAACAAACAUCAAAAAUAUUAUCAAAUACAAAACAAAUUAAGCAAUGCGACACCUGUUAAAAUUAUGGAUUGCGUCAUUUUAAUUUCAAAUUAUAAAAUAAAAUUAAUUGACUAUAAAAAUUUAUGAGAAAUUCUCUAUAAUAGCAUUAAAUUUUUUAAUCAUAAAUAUAUCACACAAGGAUCAAAAUGACCAAAAUGUUUCAUUGAAGAAGUAAAAGGACAUUAUCUCAUAGUUAACUAAUAUAGACUUACGGUUUAUAUUUGAAAGGUGGGUUUUUGAGCAUUGGAGUUUAGGAUUUUAAAAUUAAUUAAAUAACUAUUUGAAAUUUAAAGUAAGAAUUUUUAAAAUAAUUUCAAAAAUAAUUUUAGAAUUUCGAAAUAAAAUUUCGGAAAAAUUGAAAAAGAGAUUCAAAAAUAAAAUUAAAAGUUUAAAUUGAAAACGUAUUUUGUAAUUAUUUAAAUAAUUAUUUAUAUGUAUAUAUUUAUUAAGUAAUGGUAAACGAAUUGUCUUUUAUCUUGUUAAUAAAAUAUAUUCUGGUCAUUUUUGUGUUUUCUUUUGGUCCGAAGUCCCCAUUUUAAAUUCUGUUAGGAAAUUUUCCCAAAAAUUAAAUAAAUGAAUUAUACUAUUUUGAAAACAUACAGUAUUAGAAAUGAAACUGCUUUUAAAACUGGUUAAAAAACUAUAUUCAUAAAUUAUAUAUGAAAUUGAAAAUAUAUCUAUUUAUACUAUUAUUUUGAUAACUGAUUUUGCUUAUUUAUUAUUUUCUUCAUUAUUUUAGGUUUAGUCAUUAAUUUUUUAUUUUAGUGAUUCCCAAAUUUUUUUAAUGAUUUACCUUCUCGGUAUUUUGAAGCAGAAGUUUAGACUGUAGUAUGUCACGGUUGGGCUAUCUUUUUGAUGGGCUUGAGAAGGAGUUGAAACAAGGCCCAUUUCGGUAUUUUGAAGCAGAAGCUUGGACAGUAGUGUGUCACGGUUGGGCUACCUUCUCGCUAGCCAACUCGAUACCGCCAGACUGUGCAUUUGCGUUCAAAAGUUUAUGGCGGGAUCUUAACACAGUUGUUAGAUCUUAAGGCUUGGUUGGAAACUCAAACGCUAUACCAUUUCAAUUCUUGCUCGGUUUUGAUGUUUUAUGAGAAUGAUUCUCUGACAACCUAUCCCGCUCACUCGGAAUCCGGUUCACGCAGGGCACCGACCCUAACUUCUCUCAUGUGCGUCCCUCCCGGCGUUCUUCGAACCCAAGAUCAAUUGAUGACAACUCAUUUGAGUGUUGUUAAAGGGUGAGGUCUUGGGUUGGAGUAACGCCAAGUGCAUCAAUAACCUAUGUAUGGCCGAGAGGAGCGCACAUGAGAGGGGUUAGGGUCAGUGCCCUGCAUGACUGCGAGCCGGAUUCCGAGUGAGCGGGAUGGGUUGUCACAGAUUCGUGUUUGAUGAAAGGAGCCCGGGCACAAGUAAAGCUGGUGGAUUUUACUCAUGUUCUUGAUGGAAAUGGUGUCAUCGACCAUACGUUCUUGGGUGGACUCUGCUCUUUCAUAAACUUCAUCCAAGAUAUACUUGAGAGCUCGGACAACAGCCAUGAAACUGAUACGUCCCAGUAUGAAAAUGGGCACUAGGUGUUUUUCUCUGACUCGUUUCAAAUUAUGUGUUUGGACAUAAACUUUUUGUCCCCUUUAAUUCUAUAAUACUUCAAUUUCAAGCUAGCUAUGCCUAUGAAGCUUGUUUGCUUUCCUGUUAUAGCAAAGCUGAAUUGCAUAUAUUUGGUAAACAAAAUAGAAUCAGAACUAGAAGAAGUAAUAAUGUCAACAUCAGUAAGUUGGAACAUUAAUGAAAAGUAUUACUUAGAAGCGAUUUUCAUCUUAAAACAUAAUCUUACUCAAAAAGCCACUAAAGUAGUGUACUCAAUUCUAAGCUACAUCGAUUAGAAACAGUGGUUUAAUUUUGGUGUUGUUGGGCUUCACUUUUAUUUUCUAUAAAUAUAUAUCUGAACAUUUACAAGUUAAGUAGUCUUCAUACCUAAUUCAUAAUGCUGAAACUCUUCUUCUUGAUCUUGUUUUGUGCAAUCUUCUUAACUGUCUCUUCAGAUUCAGACAAUAUGCAAGACACUUGUCCGACGGCUCAAGGAGAAGAGAGCAUAUUCUUCAUCAACGGCUAUCCUUGCAAGAAUCCGACCGAGAUCAACGCUCAGGAUUUCAAGUCCACCAAACUUACUAUAGCCGGAGACACAGACAAUUAUCUCCAGUCCAACGUCACAAUGCUCACAGCAUCAGAGUUUCCAGGCCUCAACACUCUUGGCCUCUCCGUCUCACGCACUGACCUCGAAAGGGACGGAUCCGUGCCGCUCCAUUCGCAUCCAAGGUCAUCCGAGUUGCUCUUCGUGGUCAGUGGAGUCGUGUUCGCUGGAUUUGUCGAUACCAACGACAAGAUUUUUCAGACGGUUCUGCGGAAAGGCGAUGUAUUUGUCUUCCCUAGAGGCUUGCUUCAUUUCUGCUUGAGCGGUGGCUUCGAACGAGCCACCGCUCUCUCCUUUUACAAUAGCCAGAGUCCUGGAGUCGUGAAUAUUGGAGGCGUGUUUGGGAUCGAUCAAGAACGUAUAGUGAACAUCACGAGGUCGUUAGUUACGGACCGUGAUGAGCUUUAAGUUGUUUCUCUUUCACAAUGUUAUUAAAAUCAAAACCAGAGUUACAUGACUUUUUAAGAA